AGAACAGAAAGAACACAGACACACAGUCAGAGAGACUUGCCUGCAGGACAAGGACACAAACACAGGGACUGCAAUGAUUUUUUUUCACUGAACUGCUUUCAUUAUGGCUGCUCUGAUGGGAGCAGACUAUAACUACCAUGAAGAAACAUUAUGGUGAUAAAAUGAGGAGUCUGAAGGCCCAGUUAGAAGCUUACCAAGAGCUAAUGAACAAGAGGAGCACACAUUGGCAAGAUACUAUUAAGAGUCUGAGGGAAAGAAACAGACAACUGAGCCAAGAAAAGGAAGACCUUCUUCACCAAAUAAAUCAACAAACAGAGAAAUGGGAAGAAGAAAAGACUUGGAUUCUAGGAAAUUUGUCUAAAGACCUAGAUCAUCUUUACACCCAGCACACACUGACUUUGCAGGAACUUCAAAACAUCAGUCUAGAUGUGGACAAAGUACAUGACCUUGUGAAUUUACAGAUAAAAAUUCUUCAGAAAAAAUCUGAAAAGACGGAAACAGAAAAGGCAGAUGUGUCAGUGGUUUUAGAAUUAAAGGUAGAACAGGUAGCUGAUGAAGAGGUGAAGCCUGAAUGCUUGCUGGAUAAAGGACAUCUUUGGCAAGCGCAGGCCAUGCUGCAAAAGAUACAAGAAUCUUUGGAUAAACGAGAGAAAGAAGUCACUGAGCUUCUACAAAGUGAGAGAAGAUAUAACAAAGCAAUGAAACCUCAAAUCACAGUGCUAAUAUUCUUGAAAACUCUUGUCCAGAGAGUUCACAGCAUAUACUGUGAUGUCCCUGAGGCACAGCAGUACAUCAGUCAGCAUAUCAGGAAGAACGAGGAUGAAAGCAUUGAUCGGAAAGAAGCCUUUAAUAAUGCUCAGGCUGACAUUCUCUCCUAUGAAGUAUUUUAUGGAAAUGAACCUAUGGAUGACAAAAGGACACAGCUCUUGACGAAACUUUUCAGAAAUCUUGGGAGAGCAAAGUCUGAAUUAGAAUAUGCUGAAACAGAGAAGAUUGUGUUUGAUUGUAUCCAAACAGGGGAAAUCCCCAACUGGAUUAAAAGGGAUUGUCUUUAUGUAGCCUUGACAGCAGACCCAGGAAAAGAUACAUGCUCUGAGAAGACAAGCCACCUUCCAGACGAAGUCAUGAAGAAGAUUAAAUCACAAAUCAAGGUUGCUCAUGAAAAAAAGGAAGAGUAAGAGAGAUACCAGCCUUGGAGCAAGGUCCCCAUUUUAGAGAUGGACACUUGGUAGAUAGCCUGGAACAGAGAAAUGCUUUCCACUGUACUUCUGGAGUGGAAACUGCAUAAGAAGAAUUACAAGCCUGGUGCUUACUACAGCAGCUAUUUACUGCUACUACUUAACUGCCAGCAAAGCUUACACGGACAUUUAAAUGUUUUGAAAAUUAUACCCACUUUAAGAAACAUUUUGAAGACAUCUUCAAAAAUGACAGCACUGUGAUAACCUGGGACAGUUCCUGACUAACAAAGGAGUCCACAGGAUUUUGAGCCAAACAGGUAUCGAUCUGGUUGCAAUUGGACGGGAUAUGUUUUAGACAGCUAAACUGUAGCUGUCUAAAACUGAGUAUGUGGGCUGCCUCAACAAGCAAUAUGGAGAGAGAGGUGGCUCCAGAAGGAAAUUUCUACAUUAAAUAUCUGUCUAAGGUAGACAGCAGGAACAACUCUAUCCUGUGGUGAGACAGUGUUGGAGGAAGCCAUAAUAAAUGUUUAAACAGUUAAUGCUAAGCAAGGUCUGUCCCACAGAAACUGGUUAUAAAAAUAGAUCUUUUGUUUGUUUGUUUAAAUAAAAGUUGCACUCUUUGCUUCAAAUCUUUUGGACAAAACAGAAGAUAUCUGUACUUAAAAAGAAGGAUUAUGUUCAUUUUUAAAUGCUUGGAUAAGAAGUGUCUGACUGGCUAAUAACACUCGACCUGGUAGACAGCCACCACAUAUCAAAUGCAUACAGGUCAAUCCCAAAUGAGUGACCUUUUUUUUGUCUUUGCCUUUUAAAAGUAAAUAUAUGGAGAGAAUAUUGAUUUUAUGCUGUAAAUGAUACAAUAAAGUCAUAGGUUAGUAUGGA